CUGGUUUAAAGUCAUUUGUAGAUGCGUGCCCUGCCUCUUUGGACGGCCAAGCCUACUUCCUGGUAAAGGCAGCGCCUCGGUGUUGUCGUAGUAAGCAGAAGGGGGCAGCUGAAGUGUAGGUGGAGGCGGUCGUGGACUGUCCGCAGUCUCUUUACUGCAGUUAGUCAGCAGCACACUUUUUUUUUUGGGUAGGGGGGGUUGUUGAUGUUUUUGCUCAUUUGAAGAAAAAAAAAAUGGGAAGCACAGUGAUGGAGUCCAACAAGGACAGCUCAAAGAAAAUGCCAAAGAAGAGGAGAAGUCUGCGGAUUAACAUGCCAGACUUCGGUGCGUUCACUUCCCCACAGCCGGAGACAAGUGGCUCAACUAAAAGUGGUGCUCAGAUGGGAGAGCGUCGCAUCCGUUCAGCCAGUCCCAUCAAAGGUGUUCCUGUGAGAAGCCCCCUGCCCCCGUGUCCCCAGUCUGCCCCGGUGCCAUCGAAGACCGGUUCAGGUUCGCCAAAAACUAUCUUCCCUUAUCCCUCCUAUCAGAACUCACCACCCAAGUCCCCCCGUCGCCUGAGCUUCAGUGGCAUCUUCCGCUCCUCAUCAAACGCCACUCCUCCAAGCAUGAAAAUCUUCUCCAGAACCAGGAAAGCCUCUGGAUACUCCACACCACCAACCACCCCGACACAGGCAGCCAGCCAGCCAGUGUUCACCCAGGAGGCCCAGCAGAGUGGCCCAAGCCCUGAACGCCUGGAGCCCAAUUCUCGCUCCCGAUGUCUCUCCACACCUCCGGACACAGGACAGCGCCUAGGUCUACCCUCUGCUAAACCCCCGAUCCCUUCCUCGAGCCCUGUGCCACCAUACUCUACCUCACAACACGUCUACGGUUUAUUCGAAGGCAUGCUGGAGAAACUUGAACUAGAUGAUGAUGCUGCUGAACCUGAGAGUGAUAUUUACAUGCGCUUUAUGAAAUCCCACAAGUGCUACGACAUUGUCCCUACAAGUUCAAAACUGGUUGUGUUCGACACAGCGCUUCAGGUUAAGAAAGCAUUCUUUGCCUUGGUAGCCAAUGGUGUGCGAGCAGCUCCACUAUGGGACACAGAGAAGCAAAGCUUUGUGGGAAUGCUGACAAUCACUGAUUUCAUCAUCAUACUACACAGAUACUAUAAGUCACCAAUGGUGCAAAUAUAUGAAUUAGAGGAACAUAAACUUGAGACGUGGAGAGAGGUUUACCUUCAAGCAACAUUCAAACCUCUCGUCAACAUAUCACCUGAUGCAAGCCUGUUCGAUGCAGUCUACACCCUCAUCAAAAACAAAAUUCACCGUCUGCCUGUCAUCGACCCAGUCACAGGGAACGCACUUUAUAUUCUCACACACAAGAGGAUCCUCAAGUUCCUCCAGCUCUUUAUGUGUGAAAUGCCAAAGCCAGCUUUCAUGAAGCAGACUCUUGGGGAGUUGGGCAUUGGUACGUAUCAUGACAUCGCUUUCAUCCACCCGGACACGCCCAUCAUCAAAGCACUCAACAUCUUUGUGGAGAGAAGAGUGUCUGCUUUGCCUGUGGUGGAUGAGUCAGGCAAAGUUGUGGAUAUUUACUCCAAGUUCGACGUGAUUAACUUGGCUGCUGAGAAGACGUACAACAACCUGGACAUUACAGUGACCCAGGCUCUGAAACAUCGCUCUCAGUACUUCGAAGGAGUCAUGAAGUGCCAUAAAAUGGACACAAUGGAGACAAUUGUGGACAGAAUAGUCAAAGCUGAAGUGCAUCGGUUGGUGGUGGUGGACGAACGCUCCAGUAUCGAGGGCAUCGUCUCCCUGUCAGACAUCCUCCAGGCUCUGGUGCUCAGCCCAGCAGAUGCCUGUAAGGAGGAGAAUCUGACUGAGUGAGAGGGAGCAAGCAUCAGCUGACCUGGAGACGUGUUGGGAGUAAAUAAAUUGAGAGGUUGAGGUAGGCAGCGUGAGGCUAAUGGGGCCAGUCUGACAAUCCCAGAGACGCCUGCAACUGAUGCACUAUAGAGGCUUGGAAACCAAAGAGCUAGACAGCUGAGUGAAGUGGAGUUCCUGCACUGAGGAUUGGGUUUCUGAAUUUAUCCUUUUCUGUUUGUUUGAACACUGAUCAGAUGAACACACAUACAGUAUACUGUAUAUACAUAUAUACACAGCCACACAAACACAUACACACACACACACACACACACACACACAUACACACUAUGGUCACCUGCCUGGCCAAGUUGACAGGUUCUGAUGAAUUAGGGCUUCAGUGUUUUAGGUUGUGUAGUUAUUAUCAUGCUGCCAUCAUCAGUUGUCUCAUUCAUAGUGCACUGGAUACUGAAUGUCAUCACCUCCAAGAAGGCAAAUCCUUUCCUGAGUGUUUGCUGUAGAAAGGGGACAUUCACAGAUGCAACUUGUAGCAAAACUACACUUCACAUACAAAGUGGUCAUUUUUAAGGCUGUUGUUAGAAAAGUGUUGGCCAGUGCCAAUAUAGAGGGGUUGAUGCCCAGUCUUUAUUUGUGCCUUUAGUUCGCCCUGCCUACACAGCUCAGUUUAAAACUGACAGUAUUUGUGUCCUUGAACUUUUUGUUUUCAAGUGAGUGCAAUUAUUUGGAGGUUUUAAGAAAAAAAGAAUUGUGUGUAAUAUUAAAAUAGGUGGCCAAGUGUACCUUCUACUUCCAAUUCAAAAUAGAUGUAACUUUUUUUUUUGUUGCGUUUUCCAGACCUACAUUUUAAAAUCGUUCUGUUUUGAAUAGAUUUGACUCAAAAAAAAGAAAAAGAAAUCAUGAAUAGAAUCAAAACCAUUAUGGCACAGAAAUACACAAAGGCAAGUGCAACUGUAAGGAUUCAGUCAGCCAAGAACUAUCAGCGGGUACUUUCACUUAUUUUACAUCAGUAGUGAGUCAUCGUGACUUAAUGAUGCAUUUUUGUAAAGGUAUGACAAAACCGAAAAUAUGUCUUUUUAGAUGCUUUUUUUUUUUUACAUUUACUUUCAGUGGUGUCCUAGUUUUGAUGCUUUGUGUAAUUUGACGCUCACAAUCAUGCAAAACAACUUGGUUAUCUCAGCCAUUGCUCGGCAGGACUCAUCUCCACCUUUGACUGUAAAUAGGAUCAUUUUUCGGUAAACAUGUCACAGAAAGCUUUAUUUUUAUGAAUGUGUCAACAUGUUUAAAGAGACUGCAGUUUUAAUGUUAUUUUUGUAAAUAUAUUGUGGCAAUAUGUCCAGUUCAAAGAAACUUUGUAUCAGAUCAACAUGUACUGUAAAUGUGCAAGCAUGAGAAACUACACUUCAGCAGUAUGAAUGUUCUUUGUUUUACUUUUUUCUAUUUUUCUGGCUGCAGAAAAAUAAAUGGACAAUGAAUGUA